AUGUUCAAGUAUCAAAAAAGUAUCCUGUCAAAUCAAGGCCGCAGCCUGUUAUUCUCUAUCCUGUUCAGUUUGGCCAAAGGAUGGGCAGCUAUCGCUGACAUUGUCGCUACUGUCGCGAUGUGCUUCUGGCUCACGAGCUCCAAGACUGGGAUUAAAGAGACAAACUCGAUUUUGUCCCAGCUCAUGAAGUUUGUUGUCCAGCGCGGAAUCUUGGUGACUACGAUCCAGGUUCUAUUGUUGGUUUCGUUCUACGCUGCUCCGGGGAGCCUUGCUUGGUUCGCCCUGCACAUGAACGUCACGAAGCUCUAUGCCAAUACGUUUUUUGCCAUGUUAAACGGUCGAAGCCACCUUAGAGAACGGCAAACCGGAGCCGUCAUCUCAGCAGCCUACCAAACCUCCGCCAACCAAACCAGCUUCAUGGACCCAGUCAAGACAGACGUAUCCAGUCCUCGACCAGGUCAAAGUGUCCAGGACUCCGCCAGUCCUUAUACUCUGGAAAAGCUUGAACUGGGCCAAACUAUAUACGAGACUGGCCCUGGACCUCGACAGUCACGGGAAUCCGCCUCGGUGAUGCCCACUGUCACGAAGAGCGUGGUGGUUUCGGAGAUGUAG